AUGGCCCCCAGAGUUUGCCUGUUAUGUUGUCAAGCGGUGAAAUGGGGGCCGGUUGUAUUCAUUGCUUCCAUCAUUGGCUGGUCGUAUUAUGCCUAUGUCGUGGAAAUGUGCAUUAAUACUGCUGAAACAGCUGAGAAAAUUGUCUUCCUGUUACUGUAUCAUCCAAUAGUGAUUCUGUUUUUGUGGUCCUAUUAUCAGACCAUAUAUACCAAGUUUCAGGCUGUUCCAAAAGAGUUUUACUUGAACCAGUCUGAGUGGCAGCGUUUAGAGUCAGAGUCCAAUGAGAAUAUCCAAAAAGAUCAGCUGAAUAACUUUGCCAGGAAACUACCAAUCCAGAACAGAACUAUAACAGGGUUCCCAAGGUACUGUGAAGUAUGUAAAUGUGUCAAGCCUGACAGGUGCCAUCAUUGCUCGGUGUGUUCAACGUGUGUUCUGAAGAUGGAUCAUCACUGCCCAUGGGUGAACAACUGUGUUGGCUUUCACAACUACAAGUUCUUUGUUCUUUUCCUUGGAUACGGCUUGCUCUACUGCGUGUACAUAGCAUUAACAUCACUCAAGUAUUUCAUCAAGUUCUGGUCGGCAAAUGGCAGUAGAAGUGUGCAACAGUUCCACAUCCUGUUUCUGUUUUUUGUGUCUGUCAUGUUCAGCAUCAGCCUUGUCACCUUAUUUGUCUACCACAUUUUCUUGACAGCACACAACCGGUCCACUCUAGAGUCUUUCCGACCUCCAGUAUUUCAAAAUGGACCUGAUAAAAACGGCUUCAGUUUAGGAACAAAAGCAAAUUUUGCUGAGGUCUUCGGAUACAGGAGAUUACAUUGGUGGCUGCCCAUCUUCUCCAGCCUAGGUUCUGGGGUGACAUUCCCUACCCAGACUGUGGACCUUGACUCCGAGGAUCUGCUGGGCCAGAGACAGCGAUGGAUGGAAGAGGGCGAAAAUGUUGACCGUCAGUGA